CUUAGUUGACUAUAUUGUAAUUUUAGAAUUAUAAUUAACAACAUGGGUUGCGAUGGUGGUACAAUUCCGAAACGACAUGAGUUGGUUAAAACUGCCAAAAGACCGGAACAAAAAGACAAAGAUAUGGAUAGAAGUGCCAAGUGGUCAAAUUGCACAAUAAGUCAGCAAGCAUUAACAACACCUAUAAUGACUUGUGAAUUGGGGAAAUUAUACAGCAAAGAAUCUGUUAUUGAAUUUCUUCUUGAUCGUACAAUCUGCACCAGUGCUCAACAUAUCAGAAAUUUAAAGGAUGUGAAGCAGUUGAAUUUGACAGAAAACAACAGUUUUGCAAAGCGUUCGUCGGAGUUAGCUGACCAGUAUUAUGAUACCCACACAUCAAAAUACGUGUGUCCUGUCGUCGGUUUGGAAAUGAACGGUAAAUACAAGUUUUGUGCAAUUUGGACAUGUGGUUGCGUGUUAUCUGAAAGAGCAUUGAAGGAAGUGGAGACUGAACUUUGUCAUAAAUGCGGGGAGAAGUUUUCGAAGGAUGAUAUCAUUGUGCUAAAUCCAGAUGGCGAAGAUGUGGAACAUAUGGAAACGAACAUGAAGAACAGACGAGAAAAAAUGAAAGCACUUCGUAAAGUAAAAAAGGAGAAGAAAAGUAAAAACUUGAAAGAAGAAACUAAAGCCACUAAUGGUUCUCUCUCUACGGCUCAAAACGGAUUCAAGAUGCCUGCUCCUCCAGCAGCGAUAGGUUUAAAAUCUACUUCUGCAAGUGGGGAAAUAAAACGCAAGACUUCUGUGAAUGGGGAAGUGAAAACCCACUCGAAAAAAGCAAACAAAAGAAAAAGUAACGAAAAAUCUUGUGAUGAAGAUGUGAUAGACCAUACAAAAAGCAAAGUCUAUAAGAGUUUGUUUACGUCAGGCCAAAAAGAUCGUGGUAGCGAUCAAAAAGCUCAUUGGAUCACGUACAACCCUUAUCAUUUGUGAAUCAUUGGUGUAUUCAUACUUUGUAAAUAUUUAAAUUUUUAUCAUCACGAAGUUCUCUAAACUUUUCAUGACCAAAACUAAGGUAAUAUUUUGACGGGACUCCGGAUAAAUAUUUAGCAUUAUCUGAAAUCAGUUGAGUGUGGAUUUUCGAACACCGGAUUUUGUAAAUUCCCUGAUUUUUCGAACUUUUCUUGCGGUCCCUUAACCUUGCAUAAACAAAGCCUGAUGUUUUAACCAGGAUUGCUAUUCGAAUUCUCCGAGUUUUCAAAAAAAUUUUCUUGGAAAAAGCAUCGAAGAAAACUUAUUUUUGCAAACGCAUUGUUGUGAUGACGAUAAAGGUAUUUAAUACUGUAAUAAAUGUUAUGAAUGUUUGCUAAGUUUUUUUAGCGAGUAUAUCUACAAAUACAAAUUCUACAUGUCUUUUAACAUAAAAAUACUGGGUAUUUUUAAGCCUAAGCCGUCACCUUCAGAGCUUUCCCGGUCACCCAAACAUUACAUUUAUUAUACUGACUUGUUUUUUAUUUGCUUUUUGGGCUACCCUCAAUUUCUCGAAACCCCGAUUUUUCAACCCUUUUUCUCGAUCCCUUGUGAGUUUAAAAAUUGAGGUGCUACUGCAUCUUGUAAUUUAACUUUUUAAUUAGUUUUUUUUUUUAGACGAAUUUAUUUUGUGUUUGCUACGUGAGAUCUCUUCCGACCUUUAUUGAGUCUUAUGAAAAACUUAUAAGUUACAGGCAUAUCUUUUUGUCCAUUUACCAAGUUCAGCAGUUGUGUGAGUGUGUGAAGUACAUAAGUUAUUUCAGGAAAGAAAUUAUUUAUGCUAAAAUUUUGAAACCUUGUAUCUCUUGACAUGCGCAUAACUUGGUAGGGAAAGAAUUCUUAUAUGAAAUACAUUAUUCUAAUAACGCA